UCUCCAUCGACUACGAGUUAUUUUUAUUAGGGUUCCUCCUAUGCUUUCACUUCAGCCGAAGAGCUUUGUGGUGGUAAUUAUAAAAUUCCAAUAGAUUUAAAACCGUUACCUGGAUUUACCAUGAAACCAAGUCAAGCAAAGUAGCAGCUCGCACAGAUCGAUCAGGAUGGAGGAUCCAAGUGGGGAGUCCGAGCUAGAAGAAUACUCCAUUGAAGCUAACUAUGGGAAGGUGAGGUGGAUCUUGAACAAGGGAUGGGGACUUGGGUUGAAAAUUCUGGUGACUGGUAUGGUAAUUUCUUCUGCCCCAAUUGUUCUUCCGCCGCUUGUGGUUAUUUCCGCAAUUGGGUUUGCCGUUUCUGUUCCAUCCGGUGUUGUCUUGGCAAGUUAUGCUUGCACUGAGAAGAUCAUGAGCAAGUUGCUCCCUUAUGGUGAACCUCCUCUUUUGUCGGAAAAUAAUGGAACGUUUUUCGAGCAAGAUGAGGAAUGGGAACGGGACACAUGGGUAGGAGGGAAGACUGACAUCGAAAAGGAAGAAGGAUGGGAUUGGAGGGACAGACUCGAAGGCGGUGAGAUAAGAGUAGGACUUGUAGAUGAGGAAAAUGAUGACAUUAUUGCUGAGGAUCUACUAGGAAAUGUAGUUGAAGAUGUGGAUGAAAUUGUAGAAGAAAAUGGAUAUCAGGAGGAUGUUGCUGAGUCAACGAAUAAGGAGGAAAAGCUCAUAUUGGAUAGUGUUUAUGAGGUGAAAUUUGAAGGAUUGACUGAUGAUUUUAAGGAUGAUUCUGUACUAGAUGAGAAUCAAGUCGAUGAGGUGUGUGGAUUGGUGUUGAACGUGACUGAGGGUGAUGAAACUGAUGAUCAAAUGGGAGUGACACCGAUUGAAGUGGCUACCGUAGUAAUUGAAGGCGAGGGUAAAGAAAGAGUUAGUGAUAUUGUAGAAGAUGAGGAGUUGGUGGAAGAGACAAGGGGAUUGCUAGAAAAAAUAAGGGAUGAAGGCAACGCUGAUAAUGCAAUGGAGAUGAACAAGCAGUAUGUGGGAGAAACUGGAGGAGGUGGGGAGGUAAGAAAUAAAAAAAUUGGUUCACAUGCUGAAGACAUUGAGAUACCAGUUGAAGCUAGAAUUGCUGAUAUUGGAUCGCAAGAACCGACUGGUAUCUUGGAAGGUGGAGUUGGGGAAGUUCCAGAGGAAUGUGAAGGUAUGCAAGGAUUCCAAGAAAUGAGAUAUGCGAACGAUGCAAAGACUAUUUCUGAAGAUGUCAAACCGACCAGAGAUAUUCGGAGUGUUUCGGAAAGCAAGAAUGCUGAGAAAAAUUUAGAAGUGGAGAAGCCAAUAGGGGAAACCAAGAAUGUUAACGAUGUUUUAGAGGAAGAAAAGAAAAUGGCAGAUAAGAGAAAUAUGAAACCUGUGGUGAGCAGCAUUGUGGAAGACGAGCAAAAGCCUGUGAUAAUCAGAGAGGAACCAGUACAGCAAGGAAGGAGAACCGAGGAUACCAUCAGUGACUUAGAUUUUCAGUUGAUUAAAGAGAAGGAAACUGUGGUAUCCUCAAAUUCAGAUGCAGGCGGGCUUCAUUUGUUCAAUGACAAAAAUGUUUCUGGUCAGCAAGAAUGGUGUGCUUCUUGUGAAACUUCUGAAGGUAAUGUGGGUGAUGAAGCUACAGAGCUUCCCGUUUCAGGCAUUGCACAUGAAUCUACAGAUUCUGGGAUGUCAUCCGGAAAGGAUUUCAACAUGCAACCAAAUGGGGUACUGUACGAUGAUGCUAAAAUAAGGGAGAAGAUCGGUGCUAUGCGAAGUAUAGUCGGAUACAAGGGCACACCCCAUGCAACAUGCAUAGAGGAACUGAAGGCUCUUUACCUCUUCACCGGUGUGGAACUCCCGACGAUAUCAUUUAGUGACCCUCCUGAUCUCGAACAAGUUAAUCACAAACUUCGCUUUCUCAUGUCCAUCAUCGGAGUUAAACUGGACUCGUGAAUUGCUGGCGGCUUGUACUUGUAGAUUUUGUGUUGUCUGUUUCCGUUUUGAUGUCACAUUAAGGGCAUUAAUUAGUAGAUCAUUAGAUCGUGUGUAUUGGUUUAGCUUUUGUAAGCUGCAGAUGCCAGAAAACGUUUUGAUCCAAAGUUUGUGCUUCCCACAAGCUACAAACUGUAAGGUUUCAUAUCCUCUGCCCGUAGUGCGUUUUAGUCUCGCAAGUCUCAAGUUAUCUGUAAACUUAAGUACCUGUAACUGCAAGAGCUGUGUAUUUGGCUCUACUUUUACCAUUUUCGUCGGUCGAUAUAAUGUUUGCUUCUCA